GAUUUCCAUAUUUAUAGGAUGACUGCACAUUAAAGGAAGGAAACGCAUAAACCUGCCCUCUUUCACUAUGGAGGCAAGUUUGGCAGAUAGCGGAGAACCUGACCGAACUUUGCUUCUGGGUGAUAGCAAAGAUGUCCUUGGGCCAUCAACUGUGGUAGCAAACAGCGAGGAAUCUCAACUUCUGACACCAGGAAAGAUGAGUCAACAACGCCAAGGGAAAGAAGUGUGUCCAAUGUCCACCAAAGAUUUGCAUCAGCCAACUCUUAGUCCAGCAAGUCCUCAUAGCCAGGGUUUUGAAAGAGGGAAAGAAGAUGUUUCUCAAAAUAAAGAUGACCCUUCAGGUUCUAUGUCAAAAAGCAAGUCUGAAUCUAAACUUUAUAAUGGCUCGGAGAAAGACAGCUCAGUGUCAAGCAAGCUCACCAAGAAAGAAUCCCUUAAGGUGCAAAAGAAAAAUUACCGAGAAGAAAAGAAAAGAGCUACAAAGGAGUUACUCAGUACAAUCACAGACCCUUCUGUUAUUGUUAUGGCUGAUUGGUUGAAGAUUCGUGGUACUCUGAAGAGCUGGACUAAGUUGUGGUGUGUGUUGAAACCUGGGGUGCUACUGAUCUAUAAAACCCAAAAAAAUGGUCAGUGGGUAGGAACAGUCCUCUUGAAUGCCUGUGAAAUCAUUGAGCGUCCAUCAAAAAAGGAUGGCUUUUGUUUCAAACUUUUUCAUCCACUGGAGCAAUCAAUUUGGGCAGUGAAGGGUCCAAAAGGUGAAGCAGUUGGAUCCAUCACUCAGCCUUUACCUAGCAGUUACUUGAUAAUCCGAGCUACUUCAGAGUCGGAUGGCAGGUGCUGGAUGGAUGCUUUGGAAUUAGCAUUGAAAUGUUCCAGUCUUCUAAAGCGUACAAUGAUCAGAGAAGGAAAAGAACAUGACCUGAGCAUCUCAUCCGACAGCACACAUGUGACUCUGUAUGGUUUACUGCGUGCUAACAAUCUACAUAGUGGUGAUACCUUCCAAUUAAAUGAUAGCGAAAUUGAACGACAGCAUUUUAAGGACCAAGAUAUGUAUUCUGAUAAAUCUGAUAAAGAAAAUGAUCAGGAGCAUGAUGAGUCUGACAAUGAGGUGAUGGGGAAAAGUGAAGAAAGUGACACAGAUACAUCAGAAAGGCAGGACGACUCAUACAUUGAACCUGAGCCUGUGGAGCCUUUAAAAGAGACAACCUACUCGGAACAGAGUCAUGAAGAACUUGGAGAGGCAGGGGAGGCUUGUCAAACAGAAACUGUGUCUGAAGAAAACAAAAGUCUUAUCUGGACCUUGUUGAAACAAGUCCGUCCUGGCAUGGACCUGUCCAGAGUGGUUCUUCCUACAUUUAUUUUGGAGCCUCGUUCUUUCCUGGAUAAACUUUCAGAUUACUACUAUCAUGCUGAUUUCUUGUCUGAGGCUGCCCUCGAGGAAAAUCCCUAUUUCCGUUUGAAGAAAGUAGUGAAAUGGUAUUUGUCAGGAUUUUAUAAAAAACCAAAGGGGCUGAAGAAACCAUAUAAUCCUAUUCUUGGUGAGACUUUUCGUUGUUUAUGGAUUCAUCCCAGAACAAGCAGCAAAACAUUUUAUAUUGCCGAACAGGUAUCUCAUCAUCCACCAAUAUCUGCCUUUUAUGUUAGCAAUCGGAAGGAUGGCUUUUGCCUUAGUGGUAGCAUUCUUGCGAAGUCUAAGUUCUAUGGAAACUCAUUAUCUGCAAUAUUGGAGGGAGAAGCCCGGUUAACUUUCUUGAAUAGAGGUGAAGAUUAUGUAAUGACAAUGCCAUAUGCUCAUUGUAAAGGAAUUCUUUAUGGCACAAUGACACUAGAGCUUGGGGGAAUAGUCAAUAUUACGUGUCAGAAAACUGGAUACAGUGCAAUACUUGAAUUUAAACUAAAGCCAUUUCUAGGAAGUAGUGAUUGUGUUAAUCAAAUAUCAGGGAAACUCAAAUUGGGAAAAGAAGUCCUAGCUACUUUGGAAGGUCACUGGGAUAGUGAAGUUUUUAUUAAUGACAAAAAGACUGAUAAUUCAGAGGUUUUCUGGAACCCAACACCUGACAUUAAGCAAUGGAGACUAAUAAGACACAUUGUAAAAUUUGAAGAACAGGGAGAUUUUGAAUCAGAGAAACUCUGGCAGCGUGUCACUAGAGCCAUAAAUGCCAAAGACCAAACUGAAGCUACUCAAGAGAAGUAUGUUUUAGAAGAAGCUCAAAGACAAGCAGCCAGAGAUCGGAAAACAAAAAAUGAGGAAUGGGCUUGCAAGUUAUUUGAACUUGAUCCACUCACAGGAGAAUGGCAUUACAAGUUUGCAGACACCCGACCAUGGGACCCACUUAAUGAUAUGAUACAGUUUGAGAAAGAUGGUGUUAUCCAGACCAAAGUGAAACAUCGUACACCAAUGGUUAGUGUCCCAAAAAUGAAACAUAAGCCGACCAGACAACAGAAGAAAGUAGUGAAAGGCUACUCCUCUCCAGAACCUGAUAUCCAGGACUCAUCUGGAAGUGAAAGUAGUGUCAAUCAGGGCCUUGAGGAAACAUUCCUGGAUUAUAAAACUGGCAAGAGAAAUAUUAUGACUCUUCGAAAUCAUUUAGUUUCAAGCACACCUGCCACGGAUUAUUUUCUGCAACAAAAAGACUAUUUCAUCAUUUUCCUCCUGAUACUGCUUCAAGUCCUAAUAAACUUCAUAUUUAAGUAG